AUGGGCAUCACUGAAUCCAAGUAUUGCCGGCGAUCGGUCGAGCCGGCCAGCAAAAAACAGUCUCUAGCACUCGGCGAACAGACUGCACCAGAGAUCUCUCCUGAGACUCUACCAAACUUGACCGACUCAGAUCAUCUCGCUGUCCAUGGCGAGAGCAAUGGCUCUUCCGAGCACUUUGCAUCUGCUCCUGCGUCAGCGGAUGAUAAAUCUUCCGCGCCUCCUGCGCGAUCACAGCAGAACUACUUCGCCACUGCAGUUGCUUUUGCACCCUCGCGGGCCAAGAUCUCUGGCCUGGUUACGCGACUCAUCGAACAGUACGGAGAUGCUGUGGAAGUCCCAGACCUCACCCUCGAGGCUGAAGAACGUCGUGUGAGACCGAAAACUGCAUCUCCUGACCGUUCGAAGCUAUUGCCGACCAAUCUUCCUAUCAAGUCUGACAACGUCGUCACUGCUCCGGUUCGAUCCAUACCCGCGUCGAUCGAACCGCCUACUCUAUCCAAGCCUCGGAGUGCCACCAUCAUUGCGUCCAAUACAUCGACCGCAUCAUCCAGUAUUCAGGAAGAUACGUCCUCGACUCCAGACUCCAAGCAACCGAAUUCUGUCACUUCUCCAGUACCAUCCACCACUUCUCUACCCGUUCCUGCUGAGCAUCAUGAUAAGUUACAGACACGCCAUGAGCCUCUGUCCCCGGAGCCGGCAGUUCUUGGUGUCUCCUCGCCAACUCUGCCGGAUGUCUUGAUUUCUUCUACAAGCUCGACUACUCAUAACGAUGAUCCAAGCAGGCAGCUUACCACAACUGUAUCGUCGGUUGCUCCAGUCCCUCGCUGGAUACGUUGUCACAUUCGGGCUUCUCCACCGCCAUCACCCGACUUGACAAGCUUGAGUUAUUUGGUGCUUGCCAAAAAGAGAGAUAAUGCUGCAGCAUUGUUGGCCCCAGGACUGCCGUAUGGCUCCUUGGUAAAGAUCCCAACCACUAAAAGGUUGGAGAUCUAG